AUGAAACCCCAAAAAUUCAUCUUCUCGCUCGAACCCUCUCGAACCCUAAAAGCUAAGGCGCCGUCAGCUUCAUCGUCGCGAUCAAACCUAGCCCUGGUCGCCUGUCUCUGUCGCGGUGCUGCUCGCUUGUCUCUGGCGCGGUACUGCUCGCUUGUCUCUGGCGCGGUACUGCUCGCCUCAUCUUCUAGAACCCAGCCCUGGUCGUGGUGCUCCUCGCCUCUCUCUGUCGCGGUGCUGCUCGCCUCAUCUUCUCGAAUCCAGCCCUGGUCGUGGUGCUCCUCGCCUCUCUCUGUUGCGGUGCUCCUCGCCUGUCUCUGUCGCGGUGCUGCUCGCCUCAUCUUCUCGAACCCACCCCUGGUCGUGGUGCUCCUCGCCUCUCUCUGUCGCGGUGCUCCUCGCCUGUCUCUAUCGCGGUGCUACUCGCCUCAUCUUCUCGAACCCAGCCCUGGUUGUGGUGCUCCUCGCCUCUCUCUGUCGCGGUUCUGCUCAGCCUCAUCUUCUCGAACCCAGCCCUGGUCGUGGUCCUGCUCACUUUUCUCUAUCGCGGUUCUGCUCAGCCUCAUCUUCUCGAACCCAGCCGUGGUCGUGGUGCUGCUCGCCUCUCUCUGUGUCGUGGUUCUGCUCAGCCUCAUCUUCUCCAACCCAACCCUGGUCGUGGUGCUGCUCGCCUCUCCUCCCGCAUCUAGCAUCAAGUAUCCUCCUUGUUACAAGGACAUCAGUUUCUGGAUCAAUGAAUCAUUUAUUGAAAACAAUCUGUGUGAACUUGUUAGAGGAAUUGCUGAGGAUCUUGUAGAAGAGACUGACACAAAGUGUUGUUAGAAGCUAUUGGGUAUAUCAGAUUCCUUUAGAGUCAAAUUGAGGCCCUUAGUUUACCAUACUUGAGCAAUGGAUCAGGGAACACAAGGCAUCAACAACAUUCUGUUCAUCAGGGAGAGAAAAUUUGUUUAUUCCCUGAAGACCCCGGUCAGAUA